CCCCAUUGUUGUGCGCCACAAACGCUGGGCUGAGCUGGCACGCACCCCUCUACUUAACCCUGCUAGCAGCAUGCACCGUCAUCCCCGGAAACGUGCGUUGCUGCUUUCGCUUUACUUACGGAAGCACGUUCAACAUGCUAAGCCCAGAUAGUUUCCAUCCGCUGUGCCAGCAGUCUUGGCCGCUCGCAGAUGCGGUGACCAUUUCAGUGACGUUCCAAGGAAAGGAGCCUCCAAUAUCCAUCCACCCUACACCUACAGAUCACCAACCCGUUUGCAAAGACAUUGACCUCCCAAACGUCACUUCCACAGCCAUGACAGGCAAAAUGGACCUCUUGGAAUGCCCUAUGUGUGACUUUGCUGUUUUUCCAACCGAUGACUAUAUCCUUCAGUUGCAUUUUGAGCAGGCUCAUACCCCGGACUCUCCUUUCAAAAUCGAGAAUGACCCAGAGCCGCUUCCAUCUUCAUUAUCAGCAAGACCUUUUUCAAAACGCAAGCACACUGCUCGAGAAACGCCUGCCUCUAACGAAGAAGGAAGUUCUGUCAUGUGUCCAGAGCCUGACUGCGGCGAACUCGUUCUUCGCACCGACUUUGACGACCAUCUCGAUUACCAUACCGCAGAAACAUUAUCAUUUGACGAAAGUACCGGAAAGUAUCGUUCUUCAUCCUCUACUAUGGCCUCAGUCGCCACUCAGUAUCCUUCAACGAGAUCAUCCAAAAACCAUCGCGAGCACAGUCGCAGGACCGAUCUAUCAGAUGCCCUGAGGAAAAGUGAUCAUCAUGAGCGCAGUACCAAGAAGACUCACCGCAACAGAAGCAACACAAGUAGUAGCGAAAAGAGCACAAUCUCGAGGAGUAUCGUCGGGUUCAAUCCGUUCACAAAAGAGGACAAGGCUGUCAAGCCGCCGGUAAAGAGUGCUCGCCUUGGUAGAUCUGAACUCGGUCCCUAUGCCUGGGAGAACCGUAUGCCCACCUGGCUACAUGAUCAGCUCGCCGCCGGUCCCAAGAUCAGUGUUGUCAACCGCAUGGGCCGAGAUGGCCGUCUCAUCAAGCAGGAGCAAGUGCAGAACGAAACGCCCGGCAUCAUUCCUAUCCUCGCUCAACUGUCUGCUUUGGAUCCGGACGUCAAGGAGGCUUAUUACUGCCAUCCAUCCACCAUUCAUAUCGGCAAGACUCCUAAAGAAGGUGGAUUUUGCGGUUACAGAAAUAUUCAAAUGCUCCUUUCCUACAUCCAGUGUGCUAGGGCCCAAGGUCAUGAAGAAUUUCCCGGACGCACUCCAGGUAUCUUGAGACUGCAAGAUCUUAUCGAGACAGCCUGGGACAAGGGUAUCAACAGCAUCGGUCGCGUUCAGACUGGCGGCAUCCGGGAUACCAGGAAGUAUAUUGGCACCCCAGAGACACAAGCUUUCUUCCUCAGCUCAGAGAUCAACUGCGCCGUCCAGCAGUUUAGCGAGAACAAGGAACGUCGCAUCAACGCUCAUGAUGUGUUACUCGACGCCAUCGAGCGAUAUUUCUCGCGGACUGCCGUCAGCGAUGGUUCCAAUGUCUACAAAACCCUUCUGCCACCAAUCUAUCUCCAAGAACCUGGCCAUUCUCUCACGAUUGUUGGGUUCGAACGCCGUCGGGACGGCUCCUGCAACCUCAUGGUGUUUGAUCCGAUGUAUAAUACUAGCCCGGCUAUGCAUAAGUUGCUCGGCCGGAAGAACAUCAGGAACGAGCGACCCGAGGUCUUGUUUGCGUAUCGACGGGUUACUAAGCAACUCAAGAAGCAUGCGGCUUUUGAGAUUCUCUUACUUAUGGCGCCUCCACCUUUGUUCCCCGCUUGGGAUGUAUGAGCAUCCUUCCUCGUACCUUUGCUUUUCAAUCUGCAUCUACAUAGAUACCCAGCUCUAAACACAUAUAAUCCAAUCUUAUCCGUCGCUUACAAGAGCCCUUACACCUACAAAACCCUGUCAAAUUGUUUCUGUUACACUGAUCUCUGCUAAAUACAUAUGUGUUAGGUUCUUCGCCAAUUUCCUGACUGUCGGUUUGUUUACGCUUUCUUUCGCUCCCGUACGCUCGGCU